AUGGUGAAGAAAAAGAUCGACAACCGCAUUCGGGUGAUGAUAGAGAACGGUGUGAAGCUGGGUCAUCGGACGAUGUUUGUCGUGGUCGGCGAUAAGGGUCGCGAUCAGGUCCCGAUCCUGUAUGACAUCCUGACGAAGGCAUCGGUAAAAGCGAGACCGACGGUGCUGUGGUGUUACAAAACGAAAGAUGAAGCCAUUUCCAACCACGGUAAGAAACGCGCCAAGAAGAUCCAAUCCGGCAAGAUCGACAUCAACGAAUCGGAUCUGUUUGAUGCGUUCCGCGUCGCAACCACCAUCCACGGUCGGUACUACAAGGACACGCACACGAUUCUCGGCAAAACGUACGGUGUUUGUGUGCUGCAGGACUUUGAGGCACUGACGCCGAAUCUGUUGGCCCGUACGAUCGAAACGGUCGAAGGUGGUGGGCUGAUCAUUUUGCUGCUGAAAACCAUUUCCUCCCUGAAGCAGCUCUACACGAUGAGCAUGGAUGUGCACAAGCGGUACCGGACCGAGGCGCACCAGAACGUGACGUGUCGCUUCAACGAGCGACUCAUCCUUUCGCUGGCCGACUGCAGCCGCUGCCUGCUGGUGAACGAUGAUUUGACCGUGUUGCCGCUUUCGUCACGCACCGCCGACGUCAAACCGAUCGACGUUUCGACGAUCGGUGCCGGUGGCCACGGUGAACAGUUGGCCGAGCUGAAGGAAAGCCUAACCGACACUCCGCCGGCCGGUCCGUUGGUGAACCUUUGCCGAACGUACGAUCAAGCGAAAGCCGUCGCCCAGUUUAUCGACGCACUGGCCGAGAAGCAGCUCAAACCGCCCACUUCUCUUACGGCUGGCCGUGGCCGCGGAAAAUCGGCCGCAAUGGGUCUGGCCAUCGCCGGCGCCAUUGCGUUCGGGUACGUGAACGUGUACGUCACUUCACCGUCGCCCGAGAAUCUAAUCACGCUGUUCGAGUUCAUCCUGAAAGGCUUCGACGUGCUCGAGUAUCAGGAGCACACGGAUUACACGAUCAUCCGCUCGACGAACCCGGACUUCAAUAAGGCGAUCAUUCGCAUCAACGUUACGCGCAACAGUCGCCAAACCGUGCAGUACAUUUCGCCGACCGAUGCUCAUCUGCUGAACGCGGCCGAUCUGUUGAUUAUCGAUGAAGCGGCCGCCAUUCCGCUACCGAUGGUGAAGGCGAUGCUCGGCUCGUACCUUGUGUUUAUGGCAUCCACCAUUAACGGGUACGAAGGAACGGGACGAUCGCUCAGCUUGAAGCUGCUGUCGCAGCUGCAGAAAGAUAAUGCCGCGCCACCACCAAUCAAGCUGGACGAAUCGAUCCGUUACAGUCCGGGAGAUGCGGUGGAAGCGUGGCUAACGUCGUUGCUCUGUCUCGAUGCCACGGUCGUGGCGAACCUGACUUCCGGUUGUCCACCGCCCGAUGCCUGCGAGCUGUACUACGUCGAUCGGGACGCCCUGUUCUCGUAUCACCGUGCCGCCGAGGCCUUCCUGCAGCGCAUCGUAUCGAUCUGCGUUUCGUCGCACUACAAAAACAGCCCAAACGAUCUGCAGAUGAUGAGUGAUGCCCCGGCGCACCAUCUGUUCUGUCUGCUCGGACCGAUCACCAAGAAGGACCAGCUGCCGGAGAUACUGGUCGUGAUUCAGGUGUGCCUCGAGGGACAGAUUUCAGCGCAAUCGAUCCAAAACUCGCUCGUGCGCGGUAUGAAGGGGGCUGGCGAUUUGAUCCCAUGGAACAUGGCCGAACAGUACGGUGACCGUGAGUUUCCGAAGCUUUCUGGGGCCCGCAUCGUACGUAUCGCCACGCAUCCGAACUAUCAACGGAUGGGCUACGGUAAAAGGGCUUUGAAGCAGCUGAAGACGUACUACGAAGGCAAGUUCAUGUCGCUGAUGGAUGAUAACGGGACCACCGGGUACGACGAGGAUGAUCGCGGAAUCGAAACGAUCGACGACGAAGAGGUCGAUCUGCUGCGGGAGGUUAUAGCACCGCGGAAAAAGAUUCCCACCCUGCUGAAGCGGCUCGCCGAACGACGACCGGAACCACUCGACUAUGUCGGCACGUCGUUCGGGCUCACGACGGAGUUGUUGCGCUUUUGGAAGAGUCAAAAAUUCGUUCCCGUCUACCUGAGCCAGAAGGAGAACGAACUGACGGGUGAACACUCGUGCAUUAUGCUGUGCCCGAUCAGUCCGAGUGUCGAGCGGCUCGAAACGGCAGAUUGGGUGCGACAGUACUUUGUUGACUUCCGGCGGCGCAUCUUGAAGCUGCUGGGAAAAGCAUUCAGUCGCUUCACGACCGGCCUGGCACUGUCGCUGCUCGAAAACAAAGCCGUCGCCGUGGAAGCCAAAGGUAUGUUGCGUCAAUCGACGAUCGAUGAAGUGUUUUUGCCGCACGACAUUCAGCGCCUCGAAAGCUACGUCGCCAACCAGGUCGAGUACCGGCUGAUCAUGGAUUUGACCAACGAUCUGGCGUCGCUCUACUUCCAAGGCCGGAUGGCCGGAGCGCACAUCGAAUCGCUGCAGAAAGCGAUCCUGCUCGGCUGUGGGCUGCAGAACAAAACGAUCGACAAGCUGAUGGAGGAGUUCCGUAUGCCACCGAACCAGGUGUUGGCCAAGUUUUACGAUUGCAUCAAAAAGCUGACCGCCCACCUGACCCAGGUGAUGGAGCGCACGAUCGAGGGAACGAUGGUGAAGGAAAGCGACCUCGAUAUGGGCGACCGGUUGGUGCCGUUGCGUCAAACGCUGAACGAGGAGCUGGCGGACGACGUGAAGCGCCUGGAGAAGCAGCAGAAGAAGGAACUGGCCAAGCUGAAGAAGCUGGAUCUGGCCGAGUACGCCAUCAAGGGCACGGACGAGGAGUGGAACAGCGUACUGUCGAAAACGAAGUCUUCCAUCGUCUCCAUCAAAAGUGGAGAGAAGCGGCUCAACGAAGAAGACGAUUCACCGAUGGCGGCCGGCGGCGGCGGUGGCGGCGGCAAUGGGUUUCAGAAGAAAAAGGCAAAGUUUGGCAAAAAACAAAAGUUUCAUAAAAACAAAGCGUAAGCGGCGGUACUGACUUGUUAUUUGUUUAGAUUUCUCGCUGAAAACAAAUCAAAGCUAAAACCUAUCACCAUAUAUUGUGAUAACGAUGAACAUUUAUUGGUAAAUAAAUAAAUUCA